UGUGGCUAAGCUGCACCUUGUCUCUUAUACCAACCCGCGGAGAAGCUUGGACGGCAGCAGCCUCCACAUCCUUAGCCUGGAGCAGCCAUGGAGGACCUGUGGUCAUGGCUCGCCACCCUCCCCGAACCAUCACAAUGGCCUUCCGCCCCUCCCUCCCUCGUCCUCGCCGCCUCCGCCGAUGCCAAGUCCAUCCGCCUCUCCGCCGACCGCACCGCCGGCUCCGACGCUGAGCCCCUCCUCACCUUCUCCUUCUCCCUCCACGGCUUCCACCUCUCCACCACCUCUCGCACCCUCUGGCUCUCGAACCCUGUCCCCUCCGCCUCCCCUCACCUGCCUCUCCUCCUUCAGCUCCUCCGAGAAUGCAUCCCCAUGUCUCCCUCAUCAUUCUCGUUCUCGGCGCCGAAGCUCGAACAGGGAUCCCUUUCGGCCGCCCUAGUCCGCGAUGACGGUCAGGCGACGCCUUUCCUCUGCCUCGCUCUUCUCCUCCGCCUCUUCUGGCUCUGCGCGACCGACGCCCCCGCCGAAGCCGGCUUCCUCUUCUUCAGCGCCCUUGACGCUCCCCUCGAGCGCGCCCUCUGCUGCCGGCUCGCUCUGCGCGGCGUCCUCCUUGCAGUCGGGCCGGACGUCGAGGAGCGCUUCAUGCGCUCCCUCGGUUACAUGCUCUCCAAGUGGUGCCUCUUCCGCCAGCUGCAGGGCAGUGCCGCCAAGCGUCUUCUCCCGGCCGGCUUUUGCCCCUCGUACGCGGCGGACAGGCACGGGCUCUGGGUCCUUAAGGGCUUCGCUCCACUGCCGGCCAUGGGCCGGGUCGAUGCCUCCGGCGCGACAGGUCUGGGCCUGGAAGCGACAGACUCCGCGCUGCGCUACGCUCUGGCACACCAGCAACUCGAAGCUGUGGUCCAAUUAGAGUACACGAUCUGCACGCGGGACCCACGGUUUAUCCGGGUGAGCGUACGUGUCGACAACAUACGGCUUCGCGUUGUCGGGCUCCGAUACGGGCGAAGCAAGGACGAGGAGACCGGCAGAGAGGCAGACGACCUGGACGGGGAGCGCCACUUCCCGUCGCGGGCCCGGGUGUGGGUGGGACCAGAGCUGGGAACGCCGUACGCGACGGGGCCGAGCCUGGGCCGGUCGAGCGGGAACCCGGAGCGGCAGAUAGAGGCGACGCGGACAGUGAAGGGCCGGUUCGGGAGCGGGAAGGCGGCAGGUAUCAAGGCGGCGGCACGGACGGCGACGAGGUUACAGGGGCGUAGCUGGCGGUGGGAGCAGGAGGCGGAGGGCAGCGCGGCGGUGUUCGAGGGGGUGCUCUGCGACCACGCCACAGGGACGGAGGUAGCGGCGUGGACGCCGGCGGAGGGCGGCGGAGGGAACCCGAGUGCCGGCAUGAGGAGGAGGUACAGCGGGUGGGGGAGGGCGUUCAGCAAAGCGGGCGGGGUGGUGGUGGCAGGGGACGAGCUGGCGGAGGCGGUGGAGUGGAGGGUAGGGAGGGAGAUGGAGGGGAGAGUGGUGAUGUGGAGGGUUGGGGGGAGGGUGUGGGUGAGUUACUUCGCCAACGAGGUGAAGACGGGCUACUUCGAGACGAGGAGCGUAGAGUGGAGGGAGGAGGUAGAGUUGGCUUUGGUUGCAGGAACAAGUGAGCCGACAGCAAGAUGAAGUGCCAUGGGAAUCUCCGGCCGCCAACAAGCUGUUGUUCGUAUGAAAUCCAAUUAUAAUUUACAUAGUUGUAAACCGAAAACAGUGUUAUAUGAGUUUAAUUAUGUGUUACAAUAUUGGUGAAUUCUUGAAAAAAAGGUUAACUUUGAUUUUUCUUC